AUGGCUCAGGGGAUAUUCACUCUUUUAUAUAACGAGAGCUAUUUGGCAGGGGCACUUGUUCUAGGCAUUGAAAUUCGUAAGAUCCUCGAACGCCAACCCGAAACGGAUAUUUCUUUAGGGGUCAUUAUCGAUAAAGAACGGAUAAACGAGUACCAGGUGUCGCUUUUGCAGAAUUUCUACGAUGACAUAAUUGAAGUGAAGCAAUUGGCGUCGGAAUUGGAUGAUAUUUUGACUAAUGACUUAGGCAGACCCGAAUUGAAGCAGACAUUUACUAAAAUUCAACUUUGGUCGUUGACUAGGUACGACAAGAUCUUGUACUUGGAUGCGGACACAUUGCCUAAUGUCCCCAAGGACAAAUCCCAGGGGUCAAUUCUCGAUUUAUUGAAGUUAGAAUUUCCCGCAAAUAAGAUCCUAGCAGCUCCUGAUAGUGGGUUUCCUGAUAUUUUCAAUUCUGGGGUUAUGUUGUUGAAGCCCAACAAGUCCGACUAUACUAAUCUAUUGAAUUUAAUAGAGGAGUCGAAAACUAAUCGCAAGGUAUCGUUCGAUGGGGCAGAUCAGGGUCUUCUAAAUCAAUAUUUCAACCUGCAACCAGAUUGGGUUCAAGAUUUAGUAUCUUCACAUCAGAUUGAUGUUGCGGUUGUUAAUAAUGCCAAAUCUUCGAAUUGGAUUCCAUUGCCAUUUUUAUAUAAUGUCACUCCGUCUACAGAGUACGAGUAUUUGCCCGCCUACAAGCAUUUUGCUGCCAAGGGGUGGUUAAGUACUACGUACGGCAGUCUGGGCACAGAGUAUUCUAAGUUAUUGCCCUAUUUCAAUGGUGCAAAUUCCCAGAUAAAAUUAGUUCAUUUUAUUGGACCCGUGAAGCCAUGGAAAGCCGAGUUGCCUAUUGGAAUUUAUGGUCAAUGGUGGGACGUAUGGCGUGGAUAUUUCGGAAAUGUUACGGUUGAAGAAGUUGUCUACCAUGGAGGUGGCGACUUAGGAGGGGAGUAUAGUACGGGCGAAGGAACUUACCACGACGAUUGCAAUUUAGCAUCUGAAUCCAGUACGAAUGAAGAACGCGAAAAGAAGAUUGCAAAAGCUCUGACUCUGGAAUCGCAACAGAACGAUCAGUUUGUCCCUUCAUAUCUCUGCGAUCCGUCAAACUACCAGCACAUUCCCAGCAACAUUGCCUCUAGUGCCGAUGCUUCUUGGGACCCUGCAAAAGAACCACCUCCUGCUGCGCAGACCAUCAAGAACGAGACCGUUGAAUUAGAGAGAGGAAUGAGGUCGUUCACAAAUGCAUGGGAUUCGACUGACCAUGACGAAGGCUUGCGUUCUGAAGGCACCCAAUCUAUUGCUGAGAAUCAACAGCCUUCGGCUGAACUUCCAACAAUCGAACCCACCCAAAAAUCCACAAACGAGCAUCCUACAAACGAGCACCAACAAGAUGACCCACAAGCAAAGCCCUUUGGCUAUCAUGUGUCCCAGAAACCAGAACGUGUAUUUGCGGACGAAAACCUUGUUCUUGCCCAUGCAUACAUGCCUCGAACCACAUCUAACGACCCAGAUCUCAUUUCUUCCCCAGAACACCCCGUUCCUGGUCAAUUGGAGCACGAUGAAAUAUACAAAUCGCUUGCGAACCUACAACUACAACUAGACCAAGAAAACCUGGCCAACCGGGAACAAAACCUGAUUCAACCAGAACACGAGGAUAAACAAGAAAACCCACUUCCAGAAGUCAACCCCAUUACAAAAUUGUUUCCCUGGGAGUUCAAAGAAACAAAAUACGCCCCAGAAAGAAGCUUUGACUAA